AUAUAUAUAGCCUCCCCGGUAUCCGUUAAGUCUCAGUCCAUGUCAAGGUUCUGCCAGGUACCGUUUUGAAGCAGCAGCCUUCAAAAGGCGCCGGAAUGAAGUUCGCGGGUUUCUUGAUCGCCCUGUGCCUCCUGACUGUUGGUGCUACGGCCACCUUCGUUCUUGGAUAUGGCGUGAAUGGAUACGCUGGUCUCGGCCUCGGCUACGGACUUGGGACUGGCGGUGGCUACGGACUUGGGACUGGCGGCUAUGGUGGCUACGGUGGCUACGGUGGCUAUGGAGGCUACGGCAGCUACGGUGGUUACACGGGCUACCCCAGUUACGCAAUCUACCCUUCUUAUGGAGGUUACCGACGAUACGUCGGAUAUGGAUACUACGGAUAACUGAAAAAGAGGCUUCACAACUAUGUCACUUUGGAAACGAUAGUUAUAAAGAAAAUUAAAGCAAAACUGCGCAAAAAUAAAUAAAGCUAUUAAAUUACGA